GGCAGAUGCUGAGUGUUUGUAUAAAGCUGGAAACCUGAUUGUGCCCUGGGGCUGGUGACAGAUUGGCCAUUCUCAUGUAGGCAGUGCGUUGCGGUGGCUUGGAGGGGCCAAGGGGUUGUGCAAGAGGGAACGUGUCCUUUCCCCGCUUGGCUUUAGCGCUUGGCCUGCAGUAGGGCCGAUUUUCUCGAGCUUCCUGCUCCCCGCCUCUGGAAUCAGAGCCUUCUGGGAGCCAAGUUUGCCCACAGGGGAUAGUUGGGACACGCUGGGUGGAGCUCGACUGGGUGUAGAGAAGCUAGUGGUCUGAUCCUGACUGCAGGAGCUCAAGAAGUUGUCGAUCUUGAGAAGUGGCAGGGCAAAAUUAUCCUAUCACCAGAAAUUGCAGAGACAGGAGAGCGGUCGGUCCUGAGGCGGCAGCGUGCGCGGUGUGCUUUGGUGUCUUCCGGGUCCUAGCGAAGGCUCUCCUGGUCUGCCACAGCCUGGGUAGAUUUCACCAUUCUCUCCUUUCCUUCCCAUCAGAUCUUUUCUGCCGGUAUUGUCUUUUUCAGUCGUAGUUUGGAGAGGUUUUUUAAAUCCCCUUUUCCUACCUCCCGAAAACCUUUCAGACACAGUGGAGAUAGUUCAGCUUCCCCGAUUUCUUGUGUUUCGGGGAGCGUUUUAAGGUUAAUAAUGCGUGCUGCUUACACUAGAGCUUCACAGGGAAGCGGCCUCUCGAGGUUGGUUACUUGCUGUUAGAAUCUGCAGUCUGCCUUUCUGUUGCACGGAUGCAAAUUUAGAAGGCUUUGCGGUAUGACGGAGGGGAAGGCAUAGCAUAGCAGAGGGCAAAACUCAGCGGUUAUGACUGGGUCAAGUCUCGUAACCCAUGAGCCUAGCUCCCUUGUCUCUGAAUGGCCUUCGGGACAACAGGGUUUGCUGGGUGCUUGCAGUGUAUCGGCACACACUAGGCACUUAGCGGCGGGGCUUGUUCUGGUGAGGGAGACAUGGGUAUGUUCCUGCCUCAUCAAAGUGAAGUCAUUUAACAGGCAUGGUGGCCACCCGCGCGCAGCUGAGUGCUGGGCCCCAGGGACACAGAAAUGAAGAGAACACAGUUCCCAUCCUCCUUCCUGGAGGGACCAGACAGAUCCCAUAGUGGGUGGGGGGUGUUGGGAGGGUCGAAGAGUGCAGUCUGAUGCCUUAGGGCCAGGCCAAGGCCCUGGGACUUAAAGGUCCAGGGGAUCCGUGGAGGGCUUAAAAGUGAUAGGAAGUGCGGCUUAGAGAGAUGCAGUUUAUGUCACCAAAUUCCCAUGCUUGUUCUCAGUUACAGGGUACUUGUGAUAGUAGUCGGAACUGGUUUCCUGGCUGUGUGGUGGGUGGGGGAAUGUGUCCUCAUGCUGAAUGGAUUGUCUUGUGUUAGCCUCAGUUGUGGAUGGACUCUUGGAGGGGUGAGGUACUUGGCCAAGGUCCCUCUGCAGGCGGAGCUGACCUCCAAGCCCACUUCCCACCCUUCUUUUUCUGCUUUGAUCUCAGCCAAGUGGAAUGCGAUGAUGCCGUUAGCCAGCUGUGGGGUGGCUUUUUUGUGUGUUGGGGGGGGGGUAUUCCUUCUUGUAAGGCUGACACUGAACUGUAAGGAGAUCCAUUUAGGAGUACCCCUAAAAGGACCCGUUCUCUGGUGUGACAAAUAGAAUCUUAACUCACGGGGGUCUUCUUGCAGGCUAUGGGGCAUGGAGUGCUGGACCUGCCAACACCCAGGGUGCAUAUGGAACUGGUGUGGCCAGCUGGCAAGGUUAUGAAAACUACAAUUACUAUGGCGCCCAGAACACCAGUGUCACCACAGGCGCAACCUACAGCUACGGCCCAGCCUCGUGGGAGGCCACCAAGGCCAACGAUGGCGGCCUGGCGGCGGGGGGCCCUGCCGUGCACAUGGCCUCUUAUGGCCCAGAGCCAUGCACCGACAAUUCCGACUCCCUCAUUGCCAAGAUCAACCAGCGUUUGGACAUGAUGUCCAAGGAAGGAGCUCCUUCCGCUUCCAGCCGUUCGAGUCCUAUGACUCCAGGCCCUGCCUGCCCGAGCACAACCCCUACCGCCCCAGCUACAGCUAUGACUAUGACUUCGACCUGGGGUCCGACCGCAAUGGCAGCUUUGGGGGGCAGUACAGUGAAUGCCGGGACCCGGCCCGGGAGCGGGGCUCCCUUGAUGGCUUCAUGCGGGGCCGGGGCCAGGGCCGGUUCCAGGACCGGAGCAACCCUGGUGCCUUCAUGCGCAGUGACCCCUUUGUGCCCCCUGCUGCGUCCUCUGAGCCCCUGUCCACGCCAUGGAACGAGCUGAACUACGUGGGUGGACGGGGCCUGGGAGGGCCCUCCCCCAGCCGGCCGCCUCCGUCCCUCUUCUCCCAGUCCAUGGCUCCCGACUACGGCGUGAUGGGCAUGCAGGCGGCAGGCGGCUAUGACAGCACCAUGCCCUACGGAUGUGGCCGCUCGCAGCCUCGGAUGCGGGAUCGGCCCAAGAGGAGAGGGUUUGACCGCUUCGGACCAGAUGGCACGGGCAGGAAACGGAAGCAGUUCCAACUUUACGAGGAGCCAGACACCAAACUGGCCCGGCUUGACAGUGAAGGAGAUUUCUCCGAAAAUGAUGACGCAGCUGGUGACUUCCGCUCGGGAGAUGAAGAAUUCAAGGGUGAGGAUGACUUCGGCGACUCUGGGAAGCAGAGAGGAGAGAAGGAUGACGAGGACGAGGAUGUGAAAAAGAGAAGGGAAAAGCAAAGGAGAAGAGACAGGACGCGGGACCGUGCAGCCGACAGAAUUCAGUUUGCUUGUUCUGUGUGCAAGUUCCGUAGCUUUGACGAUGAGGAGAUCCAGAAGCAUCUGCAAAGCAAAUUCCACAAAGAGACACUGCGGUUCAUAAGCACCAAGCUGCCUGACAAGACAGUGGAGUUCCUGCAGGAAUACAUUGUAAACAGAAAUAAGAAAAUUGAGAAGCGGCGUCAGGAAUUGAUGGAGAAAGAAACUGCGAAACCAAAACCAGAUCCUUUCAAAGGGAUUGGCCAGGAGCACUUCUUCAAGAAGAUCGAGGCUGCUCACUGCCUGGCCUGCGACAUGCUAAUUCCUGCACAGCCACAGCUCCUCCAGCGGCACCUGCACUCCGUGGACCACAAUCACAACCGCAGGUUGGCUGCUGAACAGUUCAAGAAAACCAGUCUCCACGUGGCGAAGAGUGUUUUGAACAACAGACACAUAGUGAAGAUGCUGGAGAAAUACCUCAAGGGUGAGGACCCCUUCACCAGUGAAACCGUUGAUCCAGAAAUGGAAGGAGAUGACAAUUUAGGAGGUGAGGAUAAGAAAGAGACACCUGAGGAGGUGGCUGCGGACGUCUUAGCCGAGGUGAUUACAGCAGCAGUGAGGGCUGUAGAUGGGGAAGGAGCGCCUGCUACAGAGAGCAACGGGGAGCCAGCUGAGGGCGAAGGCCCCAUGGACACAGCGGAGGCCAGUAGUGAUUCUCAAGCUGAACAGCUGCUGGAAGAGCAGGUGCCCUGCGGAACGGCACCUGAGAAGGGUGUCCACAAGGCCAGAAGUGAGGCUGCAGAGGCUGGAAAUGGCACCGAGACAAUGGGAGCAGAGGCAGAAAGUGCCCAAACCAGAGCUGCUCCUGCUCCAGCUGCCACGGAUGCCGAAGUGGAACAAACUGAUGCAGAGUCCAAAGAUGCUAUUCCCACAGAAUGAUGCUCAUUUCCCUGUGCCAGGGAAGGCACUGGGAUGAUGGAGGUGUUGCUCCUUCUCCCUUGGUUUAUAAGCAGUACAAGGGCGUGUGCUCCUGGAAUAUGCUGUAAACUAAUUUUGGUGAAGAGACCCAGCCAUUUCCUCCUGAGCAGUGCCUCUCACGGCUUGUCUUGUGCAGUCGUGUGGCUUCUUGCCCAGGUUUGAAAGAAGUACAUUGUCCUUAGCAGCUGUAACAUAUCUCUUGACACUGCACUUGGAAAUAAUAAAGGUUGGGUGAUUAUAUCUUGAUGAUACAUUACUUGUUCAAUAUAGCCACUGAUGGAAUGCCUCUUUUUUUGUUUUAUUUUUUUCCUUAUUUUAUCUUUUUUGGUUGGGAACAGCUCAACACUAGGAAUGUAUCUUGCUCUAUAGAGGAUUUUUGUUUGUUUCAAGCUUCAGCCUUUAAUCUAUACCUCUGUAGUGCACCAUAUGGUGUGUGACUUUCACAGGACUCGGCAGCACCUGGUUCACAUGUGGCACCACGUCACAUCCACGCGCUCUCAAAGGCCGGAAGAAUCUGACCGACCUACGCCACUGGAAACAUACCCACCUCAGCCUCAAGAACCAGACUGUGCAGAGGGCAUUGCGCCCCAAUCUUUAGUCCUUGCUGAAUCAUUUCUCUAAUAUUUUACCUCAUUUGUGUUCCACCUCUAGAUUACUUCAGUUUUUUUUUCCUUUAAAAUUGGUUACUGCCACUCAAAUGUAUUUACAGAGAAAAUUUGGCCAGACUCAGUGGUGCAUGCCAAUAAUCCCAGCACUUUGGGAGCUGAGGCGGGAGCAUAGCUUAAGCCCAGGAAUUCAAGACCAACCUGGACAACAUAGCAAGACCCCAUCUCUUAAAAAAAAAAAAAAGGAAACUUGAUGUGAUUCCCAUAGAUGGAAUAAUCCAGCAUAAGUUGCCAUAGAUAGAAGCUAUCGGU